CAGAGAGAAGCUGCUGCUCCGUUGAAGCGAAAAUAUACAUUGCUUCGGUUGGUUUGGAGUAAACAUUUUUAGAGGCAUGUUGGUAACGUUUGCGACUCAGUACAUGUAGAUCCGUCAUAGUAGACGGAAUGUAUAAGACGAAUUUUCAAAAUACGGAGAGAAACCAAGAGGGAGACAGAGAGUAAAAGAGAAUAUAUAUAUAUAUACCGUCAGAGAAUUAAGAAAUAUUGAACUUUUGUCGACCGUGUGCAAUAUAAAUACACACAUUCUCACACAUAUACAUAAAAAAAAACCGUAGUAGCAAGCACAAAAGCCAUCAGCAGCGGCAGCGGCGGCAGCACUGCCAUGAAGUGAAAUGAAUUUUUUUUAUCGUUUUUGUUUUUCUACAUUAUUAAUUACCUAAUGAAGCACAUAGUUAACAGUUUGACACAAAAAAGGAAACAAAUUUCUAAUAGAAUCAAAAUAAAAAUAAAAAUAAAAAUUCAAAACAGAAAGUGAAUGGUCAAAGUGGAUGCUUAUGCACGUAAACAUACAAGAAAAAAAAUAUAUUGUAAAAAUUAAAAAAAGAGAGAAGAAGAAAACACUAAUCUGAGUACAUAAUUACGUUAAAUGUGCUACAAGCACUGGACAUGGUUCGUACGGAUUGAGUGGAGUGAGUGAAACAGACUAUCAGUGCAAAAAAAAAAAAACAAGAACGUUGCCAAUAUUUUGUUUUUGGUGUUAUGAGUGUGUGUGUGUUUUGCUUCAUUUCUCAUUUCGUGAAGGAUUUCGAUAGUGCUAUGUUUUUGUAUAUCAAAUUGGAGUUGUGAGUGGAAUUAAAUCAAAACCCGAUACAACAAACGAGCCACAAAUCAAACGUAUUCAAAUAUAUCUCAGGUCAAAGAUAUUAACCAGAAAGAAGUAUAAGCAACAAUUUGAAUCAGCCGAAACAAAAAAAAAAAAACAAACAAACAAACGCAGCGGAAAUAUUCUAAUCGCACACAUUGAGAGCGUAAUUGAUUCAGUGUCAAAAUUAAUUUCAUUUUGGAUGGUAACUGAUACAGCAACAACCGAUAUAGGGUUUCAUAAAACACAUAGAAUAUUCUUGAUAGCGUGUUAUGAAAUAAAAUAGAAAAGUGUUUGAAAAUUCUAAAGUAAAUUACUAUUUUUUUCACAUUUUUUUUUCUACUGAUAACGAAGUGCAUUUCGUCGACGACAAACACACGCAAAAAAAAAGUUUUGAAAAAUAAAUAAGGGGAUAUUUUAGUGAUUCCACGCGACAAUAGUGAUACACAGAUUUCGCAACGUACACCUCUCGACACCCGAGAGAAGAGAAAAAAGAAGAAAAGAAUAAUAUAAUAUAUAUAUAUAUAAAAAAAAGUAGAAUAUAGUUAAAUUGAGCUGCGCAAAAAAGUUGAAAAGAAAUACACAAGGCGCGCGCUCGAGUCAUAGAAAAAAGAAAAAACGCGAAGAACGAAGACGGAACACAUCCAUAUACGCCACACAAAUGCAAUGAACAGUAAUUCAAUUGGUGCAUUGGCAUUAUACGUUUGACAGCAUGGAAGUUAAGGUGAUUGGCGAACCGUGCGGAUAUCAUGGUCCAUACACGUUUUUCAAAGGUAUCCGGAUAGCACCGCUAUCAUCAGCAUCAUCCGCUGUAGCAACAGCAACAGCAACAGCAACAGCAACAGCAACAGCAACAGCAACAGCAGCGCCGACCGAUUAUGAAAAUCAUUGUGGCAAAAAUAAUAAUUGCUUCGAUGGCAUCGAUCACAAAACGGCAGAAUUGCUACGUUCAAAUGACACCAUCAUCAAAUCCAUCAAGCAUGAGUAUGACUCGGAAUCAUCGACAGUGGAUAGCUGCGAUGAUUUGCCCAUACCACGGGUAAAAUUCAACAAAACAGACAUCAAACCACGACUAUUGGCCGAGUGCUACAAGAAACCGUUAGUGUUGGCACUUGGUGACUGCAUUCCGGUUCGACCAUGGUCGGACUCACCAAUCGCAUGUAUCGCUGAACUUCGCAUGGUUUGGCGUGAUAAAAAUGAACAGUGUCUAUUGGCUUCGCUUCGCCUUUACUUUUUGCCAGAAAACACUCCAAUGGGCCGGAAUUGCCAUGGCGAGGAUGAAGUGCUGGCGAUUUCGGAACGCGUUGUAAUUCGAGCAGACGAUCUACUGAAUUGGUGCGACGAUACAAUUAAUUGGACCUAUGGAUUACGUGCAAACACACUCCUUGAUCCAGCGAUAAAAACAGAAUCCGCAGUCACCGCCACCGUCGACAAACGCGAUGACAAUUCACCGAAUUUACCAGCAACAGCACUUCACAAUAAAAACGAAAGUGAUCAAUGUUUUGAUAGCUUUUCGGGUACAAACGUGCGCUCCCUGAAAAAUUCCAAAUUGGAUUUUACUGAAGUGGAAAAAGAAAAAGAAACCUAUUGUCGGUCGAGCGUAGCAGUAAUCAGUUUUCCGCGAUAUUGCCGCUAUCGGGCCACAUUGAAACGCCUCGAAGGUGUCGGUGACGAAUGGCUUCGACGAACACUCGUACAGGCACUUUGUGGCUUUGUAUCUUAUGGACCGGAUACAAGAGUUAUGUUUUGUAAAGAAACUUUUGACUAUCCGGAAUUGGAAACGCAUGAGCUCCUGUGUAAUCAUUUGGCACCGAAAUUGAAAGGACGUCCACGCGGUCGUCGGAAGAAAAUUCGAUCCGAUUCGCCAUCGUCACGUAUACGUUGUGAUUCAGCUGGUUCUGAUUCAUGCGACUCAGAAAUCUCAGCUUGUUCGGUGGAAAAAGUUUACUCAAAGUAUUCGCCGCUGUACGUCAAGCCGGAAUUCAAGCAAGGGACACAAGUAUUGGCCACACGGCCAAAACUGCGAUACAAUCCGCGGCCGGCACGAACGAAACUCAAAUCCGAAUCAGCCGAUGGAACGCGCUCAUCACGACGUGGUACACACAGUGACAGCAGUGAUUCAAAUGACAGUGAUUCCAAUACAAACACAACGAAUCAAGACGAUGACGACAACGAGUCGUCCGAAGAAUCGGAAUUCAUGCAAAAAUUGAUUGUUUUCCAUGAUGCGCAAGACUCACAAAUCCCAAAAGGAUUUUGGGUCGGUUUGAAGCGUGUGAAUUUACUGUCGAUUUAUCAAAAGGUGAAAAAAAUGGGCGGCUAUGAAAUGGUGACCGAACGCAAAGGAAUGUGGAAGUAUUUAUUCGGUCUGGAAGGCGGCUACAAUACAAUAUCACGGAAAAAGUAUGAACGUGCAUUGUUGCCGUAUGAACGGUAUGAAAUGCAACGCGAAUAUACUGAACGACAUGCCAAAUACGGUCAGGAUGGUGAUAGCUUCGGUGAAUAUGAUUUCGCAAAACUGUUAGAUGGUAAUCGACGUUUGACUGAAUCGGAAAUAAUUGAACUCCAACGGCAAAUCAAACUGAAAGAAGCGCGAAAUGAGAAGGAUCAAAAUCUUCAUGUUGAAAUGACACCGGGAUCAUUGCCAGUUACAGUUAUUGUUGGUAACAAUAAGAAAUCGGCAUCACAAAUCCAACAGCCGCACACCACAAUUACGUUGCAUCAAACAACAAUUCAUCCACAAUCAGCAAGUAGCCCACCCAAUCCAAUUCAGAUAACGAAUCAGAUUCAAAUCCAACAAUUCACCGUGCAACCGGGCUCAUCGCAUAAAGGUGACAGCAUGAGUGGAAAACGUAAAUUGUCGAAUGAAGAAUAUACGGGACGUGAUGCCAAUUUCGUGGCAAAUCACCUUGCGAAAUUAGGCAAAACGACGUCAUUGCGACAGGUGCGUUUGCGACCUGAUCGUCAACGUAAAUCGGGUGCAUCAUCACCGCCGUCGAUUGGUUCGAUUACCGUUUCAGCGAUAAAACCAAACGAAAAAGAGAACAUUCCAUAUUUAAGUGGAUCGAAAACGACUACAAUAACGCCGAUUCUCGGUAAUAGCAACAAAUCGGUUCGCUAUCCAAAUUCAAUGUCCGAUGUUAUCGAUCUCGAUAGUGACAACGAAGAUGGUGCAUCGCCACCACAAAUGCAUCUGUACACGGGUGGCAUGUUUCCGAAUAUGAAAAAGCGAAAGCUGGACAUUCUUCGGCAGGGUGGACUUGAAGUGACGGCCAUCAGUAAUUCGAGUGGACCGUUGAAUAGCCAAGCUAGUUUCCACGGUUCAACGUCCGCAGCUGCGGCACCAGCGAAUGUUGGAAAAUGGAAUGGAAAGAAUAACACCAAAAUCAGUUCUGCAUUGGCUGGCGUCUCACAUGCCGAUGUGCCACUACCGAAAUUUCAAUCACAAUGCAUGUACAAACGGACGACUCGCAUCUUUGGCAAUCCGAAGGAUUUAAUACCAUUACCAGCGCAAACGACGGAAUAUAAUUGUAUCGAUUUGACGGUGGAAAAAUGUGAACCAACGUUGCCGAUCGGAUUACGUUUGCCACAGUCGACAACAAUUCAAAAAGCCCAUUCGCAACCAGUGUCCGCCCUCACCACGUUACCGCUCUCACAGGCUGCACUGGCUGCACAGAAAAUAACCGACCCGAAUCUGCAAAUAACACUCGUACCUCCACUUUCACACGCGCACAACAGCCAGAGCCACCAUCACCACAACAACAAGCGCAAAUCAUCCGACAGCGGCAACAAAGCGUUGAGUAACAUGAAAAUGCCAGAGAAAAAGAUUUCACUUCCGCCAUCGAUAAUAACAACACCGAUUGGCAAUUUCACCAAUAAUAAUACAUCAUCGGCCGCUGGCGGUAGUUCGACAUCACCACCAGCAUUGCUAAACCUACCGAAUCUGUCAUCCAUCAACGAUAACCUGAAAAUUAACCAACUUCUACUGCAGAACUUCCUGAAUCAAUCAGCCGCGAACGCUCAAACCAACAAUGAUCCAUCGGCCAAGGACCCGAGCACCAAUCCAUUUCUGAUGCUCGAUCCAAUGUAUCUCACCAGUCUCUACAAUAAUCCCAACCUCUUUUUCCAGCAAUCACUUCCGCAAGAGCUGCUACAGCUCUAUAAGAAUUUUCCACAAGGUUUGGGCAUCAUUCCGAUCUCGAAAAGUUAAAAGGAAGAAUAUGGCAUGAAUCGAUGAAGAGAGAAAACAAUUCAGCAAACAACAGCGACAAAAAACAAACAAACAAACAAUCGAAUUCUAGUCAAGCAAAGAGACAAGAAAUGCAGUUGAAACAUCAUACAUGGACCAUUUCAAACCACAUUAUGUAAAAUUGUUUUCCUCAACUUCGUUGGAAUGCUUUGAAUCGACUCCAUAUGUCCAAAUUCUUCCACUGAUGAGGCAACAAACCGGAACAAAUCACAUCAAAGCAUCUAUCACACGUAAUUAAGUAAACCUCUGUAUAUAAUUGAAAUUUCAUAUUUGAUUUUUUCCUUCUUGAUUUCUAUUUGUUGCGUUUGGAUGUGUAUGGUUUGGAUCCAACACACAUUACACCGAGUUUUUUUCUUUCUUUCCUUAAAUUGUAAGAAUUUAUAUUCUAAGCGAACAUUUCCAUUUAAUUGUUCUUAAAUCGUUUCUCGUGUGAAACUAUACCGUAAGCACAAUAUAUAGAUUAAUAUCGGCAAACCACCACCAUAGAUAGGGAUCAUUCGUAUAUUUUUCAUAAAUGUUUUGCGAAACAAAAAAAAACAACAAUUUUUUACCGUUCAAACUCAAAAGAAAAACACAAAUACAUAGGAAAUGUAUGAUUUCAAAUAUCAAUAGUUGAUUCUCCUCCUAUUUUGUUUCUUCUUUUUGAAUAACGACAAAUAGUUAGACACUUUUUCAAUACGCCGUAUAUUACGUGCCACUGAACAGAAACCGUAUUAACAACAACCUUCAAUCAAAUAAGAAGCAAGAAGAUGAUGGAACACAUUUUUACAUAACCGAAAACUAAAAACAGAAUGUAAAAAAAUAUUUUUUAUGGAAAAUCAAUAGCCACAGCAUCGCUGAAAAAAAUGAGAUAAUUUAUCUUUGGGAAAAUAAAAAAAUUUCGACCCUUUUUUGUUAACAUUUGAUUUUUGUUUUCAAAAGAAUUUUUUCUGAUUUUCGACAUCGGUUUUCUUUUUCAGUUCGAUUCAUUAAAAAUAUUGAAACAAAGUAAAAAAAAAAAGUUAAAAUAAAUGAUUGGAAUUGCAAGAAAUAAACCAUAACUUUUGAAAUCUAAAGUGAAAUUAUGUCAGUUCUUCGCAACGAUGCUGUUACACAUUAGCUAGUUGUACUGGCAUACGUAAUAAAAUAGAAAUCGACCAACAUAAAUCGACGACGGGAACAUAAAAUUUCAAACCAAUUUCGUUCAAUUUUCUUUGCAUUCUUUUGGUCGUGCAAACUCCACAAUUAAAUUCUGUUCCGAGAUUAACCGAGAAAAAAAAAACAUUUUUGUUCAAUUUUCUUCGUUAGAAAUAGACAACCAUGGACGCAACAAUAUUACCAAGCUGUCCAUAUUCUCAUUGUAAUGAAAUAAAGACAUCACCCGUGGAUCGAUAUUGUUCGAAUUAGAAUAUGAUUAAUAUUAAUUAUUAAGCUGUAUAACAGGUUAAAAACUGUAUAACAUUGUCGAUUAGUUGAGAAAUACAUGAAACAACAAAAACAGAACAUUGUA